AUGCUGCCGCUACACGAGCAGGCAGCAUCAUCCCCCGCGUUCGCAUUGCCUGCUAGUCACGACCACCAAGGUACCCUGCAGGUGUCAUGGCCCGCCCCCCUCUUUCCUACGGCAACCCAGGCCCAAGCCCCCCCCGCCACCCCUCAGCUGGGCCGCCUGCGACACAUGCCUACGGUGCGCAAUAGCACCGACUCCAGGCCACCACAGGACAGGCAGCGUUCUGAAGUCAUCAGCACCCGUCCCGAGGCCGAGCACCGGCCCUCCUCUCACCCUUCCCGUCUCCAGACUUUCGACAGCUUCCAUCCCAUCCAGCCCGUACUCGCAGACCGUGGACGGUUACCAUCCACCGAGAGAGCCUUUGUUCUGUCCGGUUCCCUGUUCCUUUUUGCCUACCCAAACCACUCUGCCCAUCGUCGUCGAAGCGCCAACCUACGUACCGCGAGGAAGCCUCCCGCGUCGACGGCCGCCACCGACCGCUGCGACUGUCGCUGCUCCGUCUCCCGCAACACCAACCUCGCACCGACCCUGGGUCUGGCCCUGAUAACAUCCCCCCCCCCCGGCCAGCGAGGGACCAGGGUGUCUGUCGAACGGUACGCCGACCGUCGUCCCUCACCACCCCUCCCCCCCUCGACCCGCUUCCGCCUCCGUCUCCGGCGUCGCACUCGGCGCUCGACCCUCCUCCCUCAUCAACCUCUCCCUCCUCGCUCCAAGAAGGACAGGAAGCAUGGCAGAGAAAACGGCGGAAUCGCGGCGGCGGUGACCAAGCAGGCUGCCGUCAGGCUUCCAAACGGCCACGGCGGCAACAGCAGCAGCAGCAACAACUCGCCCAAGAGCCUCCCCGUCUCGGACGCAUCGUCCCCCCCCGAAAACACGCCCGAGAUCAAGCCGUCGCGGCCGGACAAUGACAAGCACGGCCCGUCGCCCCUUCUCGAGGCCCUCUCGACGACGUCCGUCUCCGCAAGCACCGCCCCCAGCAUGGCGAACGAAUGGCUCAAGGGGGCCAUCCUGGCGGGCUCGCCCGGAAACCUCAUCAACCUGACGAGCGAAUCGCCGCCGACGCAACCUUCGUCGUACGAGGACGCCGGCCGCGGUCUGCAUCACGGCUGGCCCGUCGCCCCGCGGCCCCUGAUGAGUCCCUCGCCGGCCUCGCUCUCGCCUCCCCGCGACCACCGUCGUCCGCUCAGCAUCCAGAUGGAUGCCAAGUACCACGUCCACGGCCCGUCACCCCACGCCGUCUCGGCUGCGUCCCACCGCCGGAGCUCUCUGCAUUCCCCGUACCCUCACUCCAGGGCGAGUCCGCACCCCCCGCUCCCCCAUCAAGCUCAGCCGCACUUCUACGGCGCGCAGGAUCUAGACCUCACCAUCACGCCCCAGUCGGGCGGCAUGAAGGCGGGAAGCCACGGCCUCUUCCUCGGCUUCGACAAGCUGCCCUCCGUCCACGGCUCGGCCGGCCAGCAGAACGUCGUCCUGGCCGGCUACGAGGGUGGCUUGCAAGUCUACGCCGUCACCAAACGAGGCUUGGAUCGGGUGGCACACCUCAAGGGUCUUCGCGGCGGCGUUCAUCAUGCCAAGAUUCUUCCAUGGACCGUCAAGGGCGGAAACGACGGCCUGUCCCCCCUCGUCGCCGUCGUUGUGCAUGGUCCGGUCCUGUCCCCGACACCCGCCGGCCACGAUGACGAAGCGGCACCUGCUGCGCCGGAGAGUCCUCGCCGGGGCAUCGCCCAACCAGAAGGACCUCAAGGACAGCUUGGACGGCCGCCACCCGCACCGCUCUUCUACCAGACGGCCGUCGAAGUCUACUCUCUCCACACGAGCCAACUGGUCGACGUCCUGCUGCAAACUCAGAAGCUGCCCAUCAACACCGAGGUAUCCAUCUAUAGCCCUCUGUUCAAGCCGCCGCCGCCCAGCGGAGCCCUCACCGUCAAGGCCGACGCCGGAACCGUCGCCGUCUGCUCCGGCAUCACCGGUGAGUGCUGGGUGUACCGUCAGCUUGUCGAGGCCCAAAACGAACACGCCUUUGCCUGCACCGGCAAGCUCUGGACCACCCUCCAGCAAGGCCACGGCGCCGAGGUCCCGGAGGAGGCUGCCGGUGGCAAGGCGCAUCCCGCGGCCGCAUCCCAGCGACCCAGCCCGCAAACUCCGAUCCUCGCCCUCGGCGGCCACUGGAUCGCCUACUGCCCGGCCGCGCCGUCCUCGCAAAUCUCCCUGCGAGCGCACGUGCCGGUGCCCAUCCUUGGCCGAGCCCCCGGAGUUUCCUCCCUGACGCCCCCCCACCUCCCUGCCGUCUCGGCGGCGGUCGAGCUCCCCAUCUCGGACAGCGUGGUGAACAAAAUCAUGCGGGAGACGACCCAGGAGCUGAUCCAGGGUGCCAGGUGGGUUGGGCAGCAGGGAUUGCAGGCCUGGAACUCGUACUGGAACAAGCCGUCGGGUGCGCAGUCGCAGCAGCAGCAGCAGCAGCAGCAGCAGCAGCAGCCGGCGAGAACACCUCCCCAGCCCUGGGUAGCCUCCCAGUCUCCUCGGAUGGAUGCCGCCCAGUUCCCACCCACGCACGGCCCGUCGUCCAACGCCGCCGUCAAGGAGCCCGGCCUCGUUUCCCUCCUCGAUGCCCAGACGUUGGCCAACUCGACGUCGGCGCACCCCCUCGCCACCUUUGCGACCCCGCUCGGCUGCAGCUUCAUCUCAUUCUCGCCCUCUUCCCUUGCCCUCUUCACCGCCAGCACCAAGGGGGACGUCCAGACCGUGUGGGAUUUGCUGCGCGUCCAGCACACGCACUCCUCCCCGCUGCAGUCGACGUUGCCGCAGCACGACAGCGGCGGACCGCUCGUUCGCCAGAUCGCCCAGUUCUCGCGCAUGACCGUUGCCCGCAUCGUCGACGUCGCCUGGUCCUCACCCCAGGGGGACCGGCUGGCCAUGGUCACGGAGAGGGGGACGGUUCACCUUCUGGACAUGCCGUUCAGCGCCUUCAUGUGGCCUCCUCCCCGCCGUCGCAAGGUGGCGACGAAGAGCGUGGCGGAAACGCCAGACUCCGCCGUCUCCAUCGCCUCCGGCGCCUUCGGAGCGGCGUACCAGGUCGCCAAACCUUUCGUGACACGCUCCCGCCGAAGCAGCGCCCACAUUCCGGCCACCUCCGGGAGUACGUUGAGGGACUCGGCCGCCCAGGGCGGCCGAGCCAUCGCUGCCAGCAUCAGCCAUUCUCUCGGAAAGACGGGGACCGCCAUCAGUCAGCUGCGGCACACGGGUGAGAACCGCGUCUCGCUUCCGCCCAGUGCCGUGCUGCCCUCGGCAUCCUGCGUCAUCUGGCUUAGAAGCCGCAAGUCGCAGGUGCUGGGUUCCCUUGGCGGCGGCCUCGUCCGCAUGUUUCCCUGCACGCCGAUGGCCGGCAAGCGCACGGCACGCGUGAACAGGUACAAGGACGUGAAGCUGCCGCUGCUUCCCGACGACGUCGUUGCGCCCGUCGUCCGACAGAUCAUGGAGAUGGGCGCCGCCGAUGAAAACCUGGAGCUCUCGGACGCCGAAAUGGAAGCGACCAACACGACAACGGUCCAGGCUCGAGUGCGGCCUGCGCCGCCGGCUCACGGCAUGGAUGCCGCCAUACCGCAAGCCGAGAUUGAGUCGAGCGCGCCGUACCAACCGUUCCACACCGAUCGGCGAGUGGUGCUUAGCGAGUACGUCCGAGAUGGGCCGGCGGCACACCUGAGCCCCGACUCGGCCAUCAACGCCCACGCCGGCUUGGACGAGCAGCCAUCGUUGAAAAAGAAGAAGAAGCGGCAGCAGCUGGAAGCGGACACGGAGCCUGCCACCGCCGCAGCGUCUGCGUGGGCCUUUGGCCAGGACAUCCCCAGCAUCAAACGGGACAGGGGACUCGGCGCUCUCGGCGCCGAUGAGGCAGGACCCGAAGACCACCUCGCCUUACCUCAAUCCGCCAUGGAGCGUGUGAUGCAGGUUGGCGACGAAGAGCAAAUCGUCGUGACAACCAGACGACGCCGCCGUGCGCGUCCGGGAGAUCCCGACGAGGAUGGCUUCUUUGAGGAUGACUGUGAGGUUCUCGACUUCGCCGACCAGAGGGUCUGA